CUUGCCUGCACUCUCCUCUCCUAUGUCUGUGCCUAGAAUAGUGCCUAGCCAAUAACAGGUGCUCACCAAAUACUGCACAAGUAAGUGUAGAAGUUCCACCUUUUCUACCUACUCCGAGCACCCUUUGAUGUGCCCUCUGCUUUCCUGAGCUUCAAGCUCCUACACAUCCCAUCUGCCUAGAGCACACACUUACCCUUGUGCCCAGCUGCACCCCCACUUUCGGAAAGGGUGACGUCCUCCAAUGCUUUUUCUGUCGGCAGAUUCAGCAGGGCAGGGCCUGCCCCUUUAAUCUGGGCCCCACCUGCUCUGGUCAGACAGGUUUGGAGACACAGGUAAAGGGAGAGAGACUGAGAGGGAUACUUGCAGAGCCAGCAGGGAGCUGGGCAGCUCCUUCCCAAACGUUGGGGACCCUCCGCCUCUGCAGAUGGAAAGGUGAUAGGACCUCAUGGUACACCCCAGAACUGAGGCCCCAGGAUGACAGAACCCGAGACCCUGGCCCUGCUGGAAGUGAAGAGGUCUGAGGCCCCGGAGAAGAGCCCGCCCCAGGCCUUGGUCCCCAAUGGCCGGCAGCCGGAAGGGGAAGGUGGGGCUGAGUCCUGUGGAGCCGAGUCCUCCAGGGCGGGGUCUUCUGCUGGGUCUCCCACCGCCGAAGAGGGGACUGAGGAUGCUCUCGACAGCACGGUAAGCGAAGCUGCCACCCUGCCCUGGGGGACUGGCCCUCAGCCCAGUGCCCCGUUCCCAGACCCCCCCGGAUGGCGGGACAUCGAGCCCGAGCCCCUCCGCUCAGAGCCACCCACCAAGCUAGAGGAGUUGUCCGAAGAUGAUGCCAACCUGCUGCCCGAGAAGGCGGCCCGGGCCUUUGUGCCCAUCGACCUGCAGUGCAUCGAGCGGCGGCCCCAGGAGGACCUGGUUGUGCGCUGCGAGGCGGGUGAGGGCGAGCGCCAUCGGACCCGCCCGCCUGCCCGGGCCACCCAGCCCGAGCCCCCCGAGCGCAAGUGGGCCGAGGCCGUGGUGAGGCCGCCAGGCCGCUCCUGCGGGGCCUGCGGGGGCUGCGGGGGCCGGGACGGGGUGCGGGCCGUGGCCUCGGUGGGAGCCGCCCUCGUUCUCUUCCCCUGCCUGCUGUACGGGGCCUACGCCUUCCUGCCCUUCGACGCCCCGCGGCUGCCUACCAUGAGCUCCCGCCUCAUCUACACGCUGCGCUGCGGGGUCUUUGCCACCUUCCCCAUCGUACUGGGGCUCCUGGUGUACGGGCUCAGCCUCUUGUGCUUCUCGGCGCUGCGGCCCUUUGGGGAGCCGCGGCGGGAGGUGGAGAUCCACCGGCGCUAUGUGGCCCAGUCGGUCCAGCUCUUCAUCCUGUACUUUUUCAACCUGGCCGUGCUCGCCACCUACCUGCCCCAAGAGACCCUCAAGCUGCUCCCUCUGCUCACUGGCCUCUUUGCCGUCUCCCGGCUGAUAUACUGGCUGACCUUCGCCGUGGGCCGCUCCUUCCGAGGCUUCGGCUACGGCCUCACGUUCCUGCCCCUGCUGUCCAUGCUGGUGUGGAACCUGUACUACAUGUUCGUGGUGGAGCCCGAGCGCAUGCUCACCGCGGCUGAGAGCCGCCUCGACUACCCGGACCACGCCCGCUCGGCCUCGGACCACAGGCCCCGGCCCUGGGGCUGAGUGCCCGCCCUCUCACCGCCCCCACCCCAGGCCGAGCCCCACUACUGCCCUGACUGUCCUCUGCCCUCCGUCGGUAUUGCCCUCCACCUUGGGGGCCUGGGGCAAUCGUGAGGGAGGGACUUUGGUUUCUGGCAGGGAACGAAGUGGACAGCUACGCCCCUUACGGAAGCUGAGGGCCCAGGGCCAGGAGCAGCCCCCAGCGCCGCCACGUGCCCACAGUGGCCACCCCCCCUCCCCGCCCCGGCCUCCAGCCUCCAGCCUCCCAUGAGGCACCAAGUGGGCAGAGCCACAGCCAAACUGACCGUUUCUGUGCCACUGUCCAAGCAGAGGGCCUCGGGGAGACUGGAAGUGUUGCCCGUGCCCAAGAUAAAGGCUGGGCAUCCCACCAAACUGGACUUCCACGUUUGGUGAAAACCUUCCUGGGGCCCUGGGGCCCUGGGCUCCACGAUUGGCCUUUGUAGGAUCUUUAGCCUCCGUCGAGAUGAUCAAAACUGCCCCCGCCAGAGCUGCGGCCUCCGGUCUUCCAACCUAUUUAGGCCCCUCGAACCUCCGGCCUCCAAACUGCCCAGAAGCCGCCACGCCCCUCCCAUGGGAAGAGGUGCGGAGGGGGAGGCCUGCCUCCCCAGAGGGCAGGGGUAUGUGUGUGCCAGCACCCACGUGUGUGCUGGCUGGGGAGCAGCUGCAAGGCACAGUGGCCGACGUCGACGCCGUCUGACCAUGUGUCUGACAAUAAAUGGCUGCCACAGC